UAUUUCAUCUACAGGGCUACUUUAUCUCUAUUACGUGAAUUUAAACGAUUUAUAUUUUUAUUUAUUUUUAAUGAUUGUAUAUAUUCUUAAAUAUUUACUUUUACAUUUGUUCAGUCUAUUAAAAUUUGAAAUUACCCAUCAGAAUUAAAAAAAAAAGAUUCUUUACUUCCAUUUAUUUAUAAUUGAUCAAUUUAGACAUUUCAUUACUUAAAUGCUGGUGAAUUGGAAUAAAAAGAAAAAAUCUAUUUUAUUUUAUAAUUUCUUAAUUUUAAGCCCAGUUAAAAUUCAUAGUAAUAAUCUCCCCCUUUUCUUGAUUUCCUAAUUUUUUUUCUAUUUUUUCAUUUUUUCAUUUUUUUAUUUUUUCUCUCACUAUUUAAACUAGUUUUUAUUUUAAGAUGCCUAAAUUUACUACUAAAAGUGAAAAAAAGAUUUGCAGAUGUGAAGAUUGUUCCAAGAAUGCAGCUGGAUUUCGUGUGGUCAAUCGCCAUACAUUGAGAAAGCAUGCUAAAAUGGCAAUGAAGACAGUAAUGACGUUGAACAAUGUUGAACACAUUACUGAAGAAGUUUCAACAACUGAUGAAGUAGAGAUCGUCAAUCCAAUUUACAUUGAUGCUAAUAAUGAAAUGAUUGACAAUUCUGAAGAAAGCAAUAGCUUAGAAUUUGAUGAAUUAGAAGACUUCGAUUACCAAGAUGGUGAAAAAGUUAUUGAAGAUGAUGACAUUCAAAUGUCUUCUGAUGAAUUUGAUGAGAAACUUCUCAAAAUUAAUGCCAAUGAAGCUUUACCAAUGUUUAUUAUGAUUUUCUUGGUAUUUUUCCAGAUUGGUAACCUUUCAGUCUCUUCAACUGAACUUAUAUUUAAGUUUAUGAGCGCUGUUUUGUCUUUACUUGGUGCUUCUUACCAGUUUCCUUUGAAGCUGAGUACCAUCAAAAGAAGAAUCAAAGCUGAUUUUGCUAUCAAUGGGUUGAAAAAAUUUAUAGUAUGUGCCAAGUGCAAUACUACUUAUGAUUAUGAUGAGAUUAUUGACGGAUCAGCAAUUAUUAAAAAAUGCACCAAAUUAUUGUUUCCUUCUCAUGCUGGAAUCGUUAAACGCUGUAAUCAUCCUUUAGUUGAAAAAAAUAACAGUAAUAUCAUAAAGCCUAAAAAACGUUAUGUUUACAAUUCAGUAAAAGCAACAUUGGAAAAAUUUUUUAUGC